AUGCAUUCUCCCAAAAAAAACAAAACAUUCUCUAGCAAUACAAACCAAACUGAGCAUGUGCAGAGUGACGCCACACGAUGUCUUAUCAGGAGAUAAGAGGGGGACACUGGAAGAAGGGGAGGAUCAGAGAAGACAGGAUCAAACAGCUUUUUCACACAAUGCAGAGGAUUAACCCCUUAGGUUCUACAGUGAGUAUAACAAACAUUCUUUACUGCAGGGGCGAACUGACAACUCAUGGGGCCCCCGGGCAAUAGGGGAUCAUGGGGCCCCUGUGUCCUUGCCCAAACUCAAAAAAGCCUAU